UUCUCCUUCUCCUCCUCCUCUCUACAUGCAACGAGCAUGGGCAACCUCUGCACCUGCUUCUCCCGCAAACCGGUGAAGAAGAGGCGCCCCGCGGCGGCGGCGAAGCGCAUCCCCCACCACGGCCACCCGCCCCCGCCGCUCCCCGGCCCGGCCGGCCGGUGGAGCCGCGCCCGAUCGUCGCGCCGGGACAGGGUGGAGGCCCUGACGCAAGAGCAGGCCGCCGCCGCCGCGGUCCUCCUCCGGCGGCACCAGCAGAACGGCGGCCCCGCGCCGUUCGAUCGCUCGGCCUCGCUCAGGUACCCGAGCUCGGGCGCCAAGAAGCAGGAGCUGCCCAGGAGCUCGAGCUCCCGCCCGCGGUCGCUCACCGAUCCCCUGUUGCAGCCUCACCAGAUCGUCAGCCAGGUUUGGGCCCGAUGCCUUGGCGCGCCUCGUGGAGUGUUCUUGGUGGAAAUAAAGAUUGAUGAUCUAGAAACAGACCAUUUCAUCCUUGUUCAUGGAGGUGGUUUUGGCGCCUGGUGUUGGUACAAAACUAUAGCACUCCUAGAGGAAGGGGGUUUUAAGGUUACUGCCAUAGACUUAACCGGUUCUGGGAUUCACUCGUUCGAUACAAAUGGUGUCACUAGUCUAUCGCAGUAUGUGAAGCCAUUGACUGAUUUCCUCGAAAAGCUUGCAGAUGGGGAGAAGGUAAUCCUGGUGGGACAUGAUUUUGGGGGUGCAUGCAUAUCAUACGCAAUGGAAUUGCUUCCCUCUAAAAUUUCAAAAGCCAUUUUUGUAGCAGCUGCCAUGUUAACCGAUGGUCAAAGUACUUUGGACAUGUUUGCAAAGCAGGCUGGCACAAAUGAUCUAAUGCAACAAACUCAGGUAUUUUUGUAUGCCAAUGGGAAUGACAACCCUCCGACUGCUAUUGACCUGGACAAGUCACUGUUGAGAGACUUGCUGUAUAACAGGAGCCCUGCCAAGGAUGUCGCAUUAGCAUCUGUUUCGAUGAGACCUAUUCCCUUUGCGCCAGUGCUUGAGAAGCUCUCCCUUUCAAACAAGUAUAGCAUCGUGAGGCGGUUUUACGUAGAGACUUCUGAAGAUAAUGCCAUUACUCUUGAACUCCAGGAGAGCAUGGUGAAGGCAGACCCCCCAGAACGCAUAUUUCUUCUGAGAGGUGCUGAUCACUCGCCUUUCUUCUCGAAGCCUCAAGGCCUGCACAAGAUUUUGGUAGAGAUUUCGAGAACUUCCUGAACUCGGAUAGACUUGUGAGUUGAUCUUAGAUUAAUCCGGUCCACGUAGACCCUGCUAAAAUGCUCACAUGGGGUAGCCGCUCGAGCCGAAUGCAGAACUUGCCAAUUCAGAAGGAGAUCAUGCACACAUAUGUACACGCUCCGGAUUUUUCCCAGAAUCCUCCUGAACAAAGCUUGGGCAUCGUGUCAGGGGCCAACACGCUCCUCCGGUCCGUGACAACUGAGCAUCGGCACAUGGCACAGUUCUGUGCCUUUCAAGGUGUAAGAGAUGUUUAUAUGAAUGUUGCAGUUCUGAAGGUUCACAGAAACAGGUCAUGGGAAUUUUUUAUCCAAAUAGCAGAAAAUGUAUGGUUUGCUCCAUAUUCUGGCAACAUUGCCGGUCGAUAAAACACGUACACGGCUAUGACCAACGAUC